CCCGACACGCGACGAUUUAACACCCCUUCCCGCGCGGGGGUGGAUCCGGUUGCCUAGUGAGAGCGACGCUAUUCAGCGGCCCCUCAGCAGGACAAAAUGGCGGCGGGCUGCGGCGGCGGCGGGGCCCGGCGAGGGGCGGGCUGCGGUUCAGCUGGGGUGUGGAAAUCCCACAGGAUCCUGCCCCAUCCUGCCAUGCCAAAGAACACUUUGAUGCAUGGAGACUUCCUGGCUAAGGAGGAGGAGUACAAGCGACUGAAUGCAGAAUUAGAAGCAAAAACAGCAGAGUUGGUGCGUCAGGCCGAAGAAGUAAUAAGAGAUCAACAAGAUAUACUAUCAAUACCAGUUUCAACACAAGUUAAAUUGUGUGAAGAUGACAACAAGCAACUGAGAGAUGUGCUUUCUCCUGAACUGCCAAUCCUUACACUUUCACAUAUUAAGCAACCAAACAAAAAAUCUGGUUCCAUGUCUACAGCUCAGAACAGACCACACUCUGGCAGUAAGGUGAAGAGAACAACUUCAAGUGCAAAACUAAGAAGCACUGAUAUAAAAGCUGCUGAUGAUGUUGCCAUCCUGGAGGACUUCACAGAUUUUUCUCUUGCAAAGACAAUUAGCAAAAUUGAAGGAAAACUGGAGGAAGGAGACUUGCUUGAAAGUCUAGAUGAUGAUAUUAUUCCAAGUGUAGGAAAUGAAAUUGGAACAGAAGCCCAGAUCAGAUUUCUUAAGGCAAAGCUGCGUGUUAUGCAGGAGGAGCUGGAUAGUAUAGUACGUGAAUGUAGUAAAAAGGAUGAUGAGAAUCGGCAUUUAAACUCUCGGGUUAAAGAAACGGAGGAAGAACAUGCUAGACUCCAGCGAACACUCAGUACUCAAAAGUUUCAAAUUGAAAAGUACAAAAUGCUGUCAGAGGAAGCUAACAGGAAAAGUGAAGGAUUACAGCAACAGCUCACUGCAGUAGAAAAGUGGAUGACACUUGGCAUUGAUUGUCCGGAUGAAUUUUAAAAGCUACUUUAAAAUCCAGGUAAUCUUUGUAUGGUUGGUAAUAUUUAAGCCAUACAGAAAUUAGGUUGUGAUGGAUAUUUUCUUGAUCCUGCUUAGCUUCCCAACAACUUUUGAAGUUUCUUUGCUUCCUCAGCUGCUCUUCUGUGUGUAUGUAGACAGAGACUCACCAGCUGGCUUCCAUCCUUUGUGCUGCUAUACCUCACCUAAAAUAAUUUUGGCAAUCUUCUUGUUUGUUCUGUUCUAGAGAGGGAUGGUAUCAAACAUCAAAGGGCUGCUACCUCCUUCCCUGAUACAGGCACUACAACUGAAUUCCACUACUCCCCAAACCCUCUGCAAAUGUCACUUCCUCCCAUUCUCUUUCACUCAUUAAUUCUUGAUGAGUGAACUCUGUACUCUCCGGGAGAAUGAGUGGUAUGGAUACAGGGGAUGGGAGACAAACUUCUGAGUUCUGACUCCUUUAAUUUCCUUUGGGCAAGUUACUUUACUCUGCCUCUGUAAAGGGGUUAAUAAUGCUUGUGUGCUUCUCAGGGCUGUGGUGGGGAUUAACUUUUUGUAAAGCCUCUGAAGAUACAUUUCUGUAAGUAUUUAUUUUUAUCUGCCUAGUAGGGAGAGAAUUCAUGAGCAGUAUAGCCACUGAAUCAUUGGCACUAAAUACCUCCUUACACUUGUUCACAUUUAUUGAAUUUAGGGGCCACAAAAUACACCAGGACAAUGAAGAAAAGGAAGAAAUGUUAGACCCUUAAUUUGCCAACACAGUGAGUUGUACUGCAGGAAAACUAGAAUUACUGGUCUCACAUAAUGGAGUACUGCUGGCAGCACUUCACAGUCCAGCUUGUCUACACUAGCAGUCCCCAAACCUUUGAGGGUCAAGCCC